AUGAAAGAGCUUGAUGUGGCUUUACCGCCAAGUACACAGGUGGCUUUCAAAACAAAGACCAUCACUUCAAGAAAAGGAAGGAGACACACUGUCAAAGACGGAAUCCAUUUCCUCAGCUGGUCCGGCAGCUACCUCUCUUUAAGUGGAGGCAAGUUUCAGCCAUUCUUCUAUAAUGCUUUUGGAAAAGCCAAUGACAAGCUUCGUGAUGCUGGGAAUCUGGUGGCAGACGACCAAGAUUCCGAGCUCCAACCUUCUGUGGCGCUGUAUGCCAUUAAAUCUGAGUGUGUUCGGUUCCCGGAGAUCGAGUCCUCAGUGAUUGCUAAUACAACCGACCCUCUGAACAUCAUUGAAGCGCCACUCGACAAACAUCUCAUAAUAAGGAUGGAUCAGUGGGGUACUGGAUCAGUAGCUUGCUAUGGUGCAAACCCACCAGAAUGGGUUAGGGUUAUCAAGAGAGACCUGACAUCACACUUACGAUUGAAGGUUGAGCCUCUAUAUCGAAAAAAGAAGAACCAAGCUAUCGUGCAGGAGGUGGAGGAGCCAGUGGCGCUCGUGCAGGAGGUGGAGGAGCCAGUGGCGCUCCGGGAGACCAUCCAAGGAGAAGGCAUCUGUCUGAUGGAGGGCUUGAAGGGCCGGAAUCGCUUUGUUGAAAGCUUUGUGCCAGACAAGUCUUUUGCUGUGAGAGUCAAAGUAAUAAGGCUGCCGGACACUUUGAGUGAGACUUUGGAGGAGCAUGAAGUGGUUGGAGAAGCAAGUCUGUCAGACUGUGAGGUUGCAACCAAGAAGAGGAGACAGAUGCUUUGUGCCGUUGGGAGGGAAGUGCAAGCUGCUUCCAAGCUGAUGAGAAGAAAGCUGCUGAGGUACCGCAAGACCUUGCCUGGCUUGCUUUGGCAAGUGCAAGCUGUUUUCAAUCAGGCGAUGAGAAGGAAGCUGCUGGGUUACCGCAAAACUUUUGAGUGGCUACAUGCAGCACAUGUGUGCAUUUGGUGGCCCGAAUGUGCUGCUUGCUUCAAGUAGUGGUGUGACCUUCGACAAGCCACCAACAGUGGCCGCAUCUCAUCAUGAUACACAAGAUCCACCGUGCAAAGGAAAACUUGUGCCUGCAUCUCAUGAUGUGUCGAGAAGGUUAGGUUUCUUGGGUGAAAACACCGACAGUGGCAUUGACGAGUAUGCUGCAGCAGUAUGGAGAAGCAUUAUUCUUGGUUUUCAGCGAGCGACGAGCUCAGGCCCGCUUUGUGGUGAGGCCCUGUGGGGUUUAGGCUUUAUCAUUGAGCCAUAUGCAUUUGAUGGACAGUGCAUGGACAUGACACAUGGUGAGGAGAUAGCAAGGACGGUGGAGCAGGCAUGCUGUGAGGCGGUACUUCAAACCAAUCCGAGGGUGUGUGAGAUGGUGCACUGCUGCUUGAUAGCUGCUCCUCUACAUCAUCUCUGUAAUGUUCAAGACAUCCUCCACGAGUCCCGAGGUUUACUCCUAAUGGCUGAAGGUAAAGGCAGCGAGGAAGACGACUACUCGUGGUGGAUGGUGCAUGCGGAGCUGCCCGCUGCUGAGGUCUCCACGCUCGAGCAGAAGUUGAGGAGAAGGACAUCAACUGAAGUGAACGCGCUUACGUUCUUCAGUCACUGGGUGGUCAACCCCGGAGACCCAGAGCUACAGGGCUUGGCGGGGCAACUGGUUGAGCGUGUCAGAAGCAGGAAGAAGCUCGAGUAAUAAAGACGAAGACAAAGUGCACCAGCGUCAAGGGCCAACUGGAGGGUGGUGCGGCAUCCAGUGGUACCUACUAGCACGUCAGCGGCAAGGGCGCCAUCACGGAAGAGUAGUAGUGCAUCUAUUCAUUCAAUGGUUGGGCCUUUGUAUUACACUGUUUGCUGUGAUGAUAUCCAGCCAAACGUGGCCAGCGUGUAAAACCUGAAGCACUACGGGAAGAACGAAUGCUUUGUUUUUUGCAUUUUCUGUUUUUUUUCUAGCUGUUUGAUGACUGCAUGUUGUGGUAUUAUGAAA